AUGCAUAUAGCAGAGCAGCAGCGUGGAUGGCGUCGCGAGGACAGGUUGAGCGUUGCCGAGGCCAUCAAAGAAGCCAUGGAUACCUCGACUGUCACCAGAAGCAAAUCAGCCUCACGCUCCACCCGCCGGCCGAGCGUUGAGACGCCGCGAGAUUUACCUGCGCCCGAACCGCACCUCCCACUGCGCAAAGCAUCCGCCCAUGGCCGCCUGCAGAGCCGCAAAGGCAGCGCACCCCAGCCGCUCUUUGCACCCACCCAGCACCAGCACCAGCGCCGCGUGAGAGGCUUCCACCCAGUGCCAGUCCAGCCGCCGGUGCCAUCUGUGCUUGACGUGCAAGCUAGCUCAGAGCAUGCGUUUGCCGGGCGGGAACCGAGAAGACAACAUCCAAAGGCAGCCGGCGUGCUGGAGAACCAGACGGUGCUGCAGCAUGCACACUUGAGGGACACGACAUACUACGAGCGAGAGGCGAACCGACCACCGCCAAGUCCGUUACAACAACGACCGUCUAGUGAACGAGUACCACAGACGUCGCCCAACGAGAAGAGCACGACAUUGAAGGGCAGCAGAAGUGUUGGCAACGGACUGCGAAGCCUCAAGUCACGAAUAUCAAGCAAGCACGGGGAUCCGAACGGCAGGCUAACGCCGGAUAGCUUCACGGGCAAGCCGAGGAUACCGAUGAGUGACGAGGUCAGAGACUCUUUCAAGAGUGCUCUGACGAAUCAUUCCAGCGUUGGGCCGUCAAGCAGUGUCAACACUACACGGACGAGUGUGAGCUCACUACCCGACUCCUUCGUGAAGGUGACGAGAGAGGACUACGACGAAGGCAACGACUACUCGGACGUCGAGGACAUCAUGGGCAUGUACGAGACUGGCUUCUCGAGUGUGCCUGGCAGCGCAAAGAACAGCCUUGACAUCAGAUCAAUACGAGCAGUGGAUCCGUCAGGCAGACUAACCCCGGAAGUACACUCUAUUCGGUCACUGCAGCUCGAGAGACCGGUCUCUCAGCCACAAGUGCUGCCACCUUCGCAGCUGUCGCAGGUGACCUCUCAGCCGACUUCACCCACUACUUCACCCACAAAGAGGCGACCGAAUGCUGCGCAUCGGCGAAGUCAAAGUGCGAGUGUGCUGAUUUUGAAUGUACCUCGGACGACGAAACCUGGAACCAGUCCAAGCCCGAGUUUGACAGCGCCUACGCAAGAUUCACCAGAAGGAAGGACGUCUACGCAGAUUGUGAGCAAUGAACAUGUUGCGCCACCGACUCCAGGACUGGCGCCUGCAUCGGACGCCGUGCCUCGCGACAGGUACGGCUUUAAAAAAGUGACGCAUCAUGUUACUCUGGAGCAAUACGACGCCUGGGAUAGAACAUACACAAAGCACAUAGAGAGGCGGUCAAAGAAGUGGCAUGCGUUGCUGGACUCGUUCGGACUGGCUACUUCACCUGCGCAGAGAUUCCCAGCAAAGGGCGACAAGAUCAAGCGCUAUGUACGGAAAGGUAUUCCGCCGGAGUUUCGUGGUGCCGCAUGGUUCUGGUAUGCUGGAGGGCCUGGAAAGCUGGCGAAAGAACCGGGACUGUAUGCCGAGCUGUUAGUAAGAGUGGAAGAAGGCGAGCUAAGCGACAAUGAUCGCGAACAUAUUGAGCGGGAUCUCAAUCGCACAUUUCCGGACAACAUCCGGUUCAAGCCCGAUCCGUCCAGUUUACACGAUGCACAGGCGGGUGCUGGGGGUGGCGACGAUAAGAAGACGAAACGACAGACGAAGGAACUCGAAACUCCAAUUCUCAAGGCGUUACGACGACUGCUACAAGCGUUCGCGGUACACAACCCGCAAAUCGGCUACUGCCAAUCCUUGAACUUCAUCGCUGGCUUGCUCUUACUAUUUCUCGACGAAGACGAGGAAAAGGCCUUUGUGCUGCUCAACAUUGUCACGUCUCUGCAUCUGCCUGGCACCCACGGUAUAGCGCUCGAAGGCGCGAACAUCGACAUCGCUGUGCUCAUGUCGUGUGUCAAAGACUCACUAACCGGAGUCUGGGCUAAGCUUGACGACCAAGGCGGCAUGGGCGUUGGCGCAGCACUAAACCCAAUCGGUGGCGCAUUACGACUGCCAACUGUGAGUCUGGCUACCACAGCAUGGUUCAUGUCGCUCUUCGUCGGCACACUGCCCAUCGAGAGCGUCCUCCGAGUAUGGGACUGUCUGUUUUUCGAAGGAAGUAAGACGCUCUUCCGCAUCGCCUUGGCCAUCUUCAAGUUCGGCGAACCCCAGAUCUUGAAAGUGACGGAUCCCAUGGAGGUGUUCCAGGUUGUGCAGACGAUACCACGCAGCAUGCUUGAUAUCAACGGGUUGAUGGAUCUAUGCUUUAAGAGGCGGGGUGGGUUUGGCGGUGUUAGUCAAGGUCUUGUGGAGAGACGGAGGGCAGAGAGAAGGCGUAUGGUGAAGGAGGGGAUCAAUGCUGCUACGGACGAGGGCACGUUACAGAAGUUGAGGGGGCGGUUUAAGGUGAGGACUUCGAAGACGUUUAUAGGUUGA